AUGAAGGCUAUGAUCAUAAGAGAAAUAGGGAGUGUGUGGGAUAGGCUCGGCAAGGUCAAAAAGACCCAUAACCCACUUGUCCCUUCAUUUUCCGAGGACGAAAUCCAUCUUCCUUCUACCAAAGAACUCCUCGAGGCUACUGUUGUCGGCGACACGAAGGCUUCAAAAAUUUCCCUCUACGAAGGACUCAUCGAUCCAUAUGACCAUCUUGACAGUUUUUACUAUGCCAUAGAGGGCCAAUGGGAGAACUAG